GCUCCCCCAAAUCGAAACCCUAACACCUCACGUCCAGGCUCUUACCAAACUCGAAAAAUCAAAACCUAGAAAUCGAAACUCUAAUCCCCAAUCCGAAAUCCAAAUCGAUGAAACUGGGAGGAAGGAAAAUAUCUAACCUUUAGCAUCACCCCUUGAACCUCUCCGCUUUCGAGACGACAUCGUCUUCUCCGUCUGAAAAUCUUUUUCGUGUUCGGCUUCUCAGGUCUCCGUUCUUACUUUUGUUGGAGAAAAAAAACAGGACUCACCGUCGUCUAUGUCUUGCCACAGCGUUUACGCUUAAUCGUCAUCUUCUUUUCUCUCCGUCGCUCGUCGUCGGCAAAACGAUAUGUGAAAAGUAAAAUUAGGUUUACAAAUAGGGGAAAGUUGAAACAAAUAUUACAGUUUUAUCUUUUUACGGACCCAAGCUCAGAUAAUAAACCAAACAACACUACGCCCAAGAAAUCCACCAAUCAGCUUCCAACGGUUUUGAAUUUUAAACUCCCAAACCAGAGUAACCAGAAACAAAUGUUCUAUUACAAAUAUGCCCACGCCUGGUUUGCCUUUAUUAAGGACAAAGACUACUUUAACCAACAUAAAGUGUCCUAGUAGCAACAACUGCUCUUUCAUGUAAUAAAAACUCAACAACUGCCUAUAUGUGUUAUAAACUCAUUAAACAAAAACAACAAUACUUGUGAAAAUUCCGUUCUUUCUAUGAUGUUUCUCUACUAUAUUCUUGAUACCAAAAUAUAAUUAUUUUUGUUAUUUUAGAAGCAAAAGAAACAGAUUUUCUCUGACCCACAAAAAAAUAUUCUUACAUUGAUCAUUUAGUAUAAACUAAGAAACACAAAUGUUUGGUACAGAGAAAAAAUAUCACUAGUUGAUUACUCUCUAACUUGAUCCCUUAAAAACAGAAAAUUAAAAAUUUACAAGCUAUAAUGUAUGUGGAGAGGAAUUGGAAGAUCCCUUGCAUUAAAAAGACACGAGACUUUCCCUUUUGGCCCCUUCAUCCCAAUAUAUAUCAUAUCGAUGUUUCUUAGAUUGAUCAUGUGUCAGUUAGUAGAUUGGGAUGAUGUUUUACGGACAACAUAGGAUGUCGUAAAAGCUUUUUUUGUAUUUUACGUGGAGCUGACCGGUUUCCUUUGGCUAUAUUCAACCUAAGAGAGAAGAUAAUAUUUUCAGAUAGACUUGAGACGGAUUAUGCAAAUUUGCUGAAGAUUACUGAAGAUCCAGCAUAUUGCUUCACGUGUAGAAGAGAGAUGCCUAGGCACCUAGGGACAAUGGGGUCUUCCUCAAGCUGCACUUUGAAGUCACAGUGGGCCUAUAAAGCUCAUUAGUGUAUUUAUUGAUAUGCGUCUAUUAAAGACCCAAUAAAUGAUAGACUAAAUGCCCAACUACGAAAAAACACGUCUCUUGUACUUUUUCUAACUCAUAUGUAACGUUUUCGGAUCCAAUCUUGUUUGUUUUCCUUAUAUAUGAAUCAGAUUCUCCUUAGAUGGAACUCCGGUAAGAGAAUUCAAGACAUGGAAUCUAAAGGGACUUUGUUCCCUAAGAACCAGCCGAUGAAAAUGUACUCGAGUCUAUGGAAUGCCGAAGACUUGUCAAAGCUUAACGAAAUAUUGACCUUAAGUUCCCAAUUUUUUUUUUGUAAAAAAAUUACACUGACACGUAGCCUUUCAAAUUUUUUUAGCCUCCAAAUUUAUUUUACAAAAAAAUUUAGUUAAAAUCUUUAGUAAAUCUCCCGUGGCCUCUAAAUUUCAUGACCGACCCAGUGGGCCGCACAGGGUGGUCUGGUGAAAACUGACUGUUCUACAGCUCCCUUCACCGCUUCAUAUCUAGGCUACAACGAAGAAGCUUGCGACGUGUCAAACGGCAAGUCAUCGUGCCCCAACGGGUCAGAGCAAGGGAGUAGUAGUGGUUCGUGGUUGUCGCAGGAGUUAGACUCCACACGUCAAGAACGGAUGAGAUGCCGGAUGCGUGCAGCGUAACUACAUGAUCUAUAAUUACUGUACGGACGCUAAGAGGUUCCCUCAAGGUCUUCCACGAGAGUGUCUAGCUGCGUAAAGCUUUAAAACUUAAGAUCCAAAAAUACUUAAUUAUUUCAUUCAUCAUAUAAAGUACCUCCUUGGUUGGUUAAUUAUUUGUAUUACGCUUCACAAUCUAAUUAAUAAAUAUGUUGUUAAAAAUAAAAUAUCUUGUGUUUGGUCACAAAUUUUAUAUUCCUUCUAUGUAAGUAAGUACAUGUAUACAAUGCAAAUGAUAAAUAUAAAAAGUUUCAAUUCAAAAAAUUGAAUGGAUGCGUGGAGAAAACGUAUGAGUUUUCUAUAUUACUUGAGAAAUUUUAGGAAUGCAGGCCUAGACAAAUUAAAGUCGUACCACUAUGAGAACACAUUAAACGGAAUCCCUUUUAUCUCAGACAAAUUAAAUGAUUAUCUCAAGUCCAAAUUGAAUAAAUCAGAAACCUUAACCCUUCAAAAGCCUCAUGCAUGGCCACGAAGCUCGUUGCAAGAUCCUUAACAAGAAGUAGUGUGCCUAAUUGGAUGCAGCUUGUGCGUGAUCCAACGAUAGAAGUGGUUCGCCAUUUUUCUAUCUAUACCUAAUAAUUAUUAUUACUUAUGGUCUUUAGCCAUCAAUCAAUAACGAUUUUUCAUAUCUGGUUAGAGAAGUAUAGUAUUUCACUUUGUUUUGAUAUGAAAAAGUAAAAAAAAACUACAAAGUUACCGAAUAUCGUUUUCGUAGAUUCCUUUUAUUGAUUCCUCAAGCAAAAAUUAUAAAUUAUAAAUUAUUAUUAAUUAAUUAAUCCGAUAACGGUAUAAUUCUUCAACCCUUUCAAUUUAACAAAUGGCAUGUUGAUCUAAACUAAUAUUUAGAAAAUACAAAAUAAAAUUUAUUUUGGUGACAGAUAGACAAUAUCAAUGUAUUGAAGAAAAAAAAAAACUUUAGACACAAACAGUCCAUGAACUUGCCUAUACGUUGAACCGUGUAAGGCCGAAUAAUUCUUAAUUUAACUCUGUAAGGUCGAAUAAUUCUUAAUUUAAAUACUAGUAAAUACAAAGUUUAAGACUACCACGUCGAUAGAUGAUGUGCCUCCACGAAACUCCCUUUAUAUAAACUCUCAUUUCCAACUCAUCUUAAUCCAUCGACCAACACUUAUCUUCCACGGCAAGAAACAACAGAGUUACCGGGCAAAAAAUGGCGGUUCCCGCAUCUAAAAAGCCUCUGUUGUUGUCUUUCCUCUGGUUUGGCUUAUUUGUUGCCGCUGCAUCUGCCGGAAGCUUCUACGAGAGCUUUGAUAUCACUUGGGGAGAUGGUCGUGCCGACAUUUACGAGACUGGACAGCUUCUCACUUGCACUCUUGACAAGGUCUCCGGCUCAGGGUUUCAAUCCAAGAAGGAGUACUUGUACGGUAAGAUCGACAUGAAGCUCAAGCUUGUCGCUGGAAACUCAGCUGGAACCGUGACCGCCUACUACCUUUCGUCUAAAGGUGCGACAUGGGAUGAGAUUGAUUUUGAGUUCUUGGGAAAUGUCACAGGACAGCCUUACACUAUCCACACCAAUGUCUUCACCGGAGGUAAAGGUGACCGCGAGAUGCAGUUCCGCCUCUGGUUCGAUCCCACCGCUGAUUUCCACACCUACACCGUCCACUGGAAUCCUCUUAACAUCAUCUUCCUUGUGGAUGGGAUCCCAAUUCGGGUGUUCAAGAACAACGAGAAGAAUGGAGUGGCUUACCCUACGUCCCAACCCAUGAAGAUAUACUCAAGUCUUUGGGAAGCCGAUGACUGGGCCACGCAAGGCGGUCGCGUGAAGACAGACUGGAGCAACGCACCAUUCAGAGCACAUUACAGGAACUUCGACGACAAAAACUCAUGUAGCAGGACAUCAAACUUGACAUGGGUGACUUGUGACGGAAACAAAAACUCGUGGAUGUGGACCACUCUCAAUAACCACCAGAUCGGACAGAUGAACUGGGUGCAAAAAGAAUUCCUGAUCUACAACUAUUGUACCGAUUACAAGAGGUUCCCUCAGGGUUUUGCCAAGGAGUGUUACCUUUGAAAACUUUGGUUGAUCCUCAUACUAUGAGAAUUUUCGAGCAUUUUCCUCAAAUUUUUUUUUUUAUUUCCCCUUCGUGUUAUUUGAUUCUUGUGAUGUUACUUUGAUUUAUUCUCUCUUUUUUCAAGUGUUUCUGCGAUGCGAUAAUACACGCAUAUAUAAUGUUACCGAGAAAAUAAAAAGUUGUACUUGAUAAUACAUUUUAUCUCGCAGAA